UAUUAGUAAAAAGUUUAACUGUCGUUGUUUUAUAUUAUACAAUGUAAGGUUAUUUUAUCAUCAAUUUGACUAGUUUGUCGGUUUUAACGUAAAGGCCAUUGUAUCGAUUUUAUAUUUAUAAAUAAUAUUAUAUCAUGUAUUAUUAAUUUUCAAAAUAAUAAAUUGCGUUCUGUUUUGUUGUUAUAAAACGAAGAUAUACUAAAGCCAUGGAUAAUAAUAUUAACGAGAAUGAUAUGAGGAAUUCACCACAAAUUGUUUUGAUCGCAUGUGGAUCAUUUAACCCACCAACAUUUAUGCAUCUUCGAAUGUUUGAAAUAGCUCGAGAUUAUCUUCAACGUAAAGGUGAAAUGGUUAUUGGAGGAAUAAUGUCCCCAGUGCAUGAUGCAUACGGUAAAAAAGAACUGGAGCAUUCUACACAUCGAAUAACCAUGUUAAAAGAAGCGCUGAAAGAUUCGGAUUGGAUCAAAGUAUCGCCUUGGGAAUCACAACAAGAAGGCUGGUCGAAAACUCGGGUUGUUGUACAGUAUCAUCAGAAUCACUUAAAUGCAAUUGUAAAUGAUUGUUCUAUAACUCCAAGUAAUUCAGUGUUGUCUUGGGUACCGGAUACUUUAUUGAAUCAAAAUCAAAAUAACAAACGUAAAAUACAAUUGAAAUUGCUGUGUGGAGCUGAUUUACUUGAAUCGUUUGCAGUUCCUAAUCUAUGGGCAUCCGAAGAUAUGGAAUGUCUAGUCGGUGAACAUGGUUUAGUUGUAAUAUCAAGAAAUGGUUCAAAUUCGGAAAAAUUCAUCUACGAAUCAGAUUUAUUAUAUCAUUAUGUGAAUAAUAUUGACCUGGUUACGGAAUGGAUUACAAAUGAAUUGAGUUCAACAAAAAUUCGACGAGCAUUACGGCGAUCUGAGUCUGUGAAAUACCUAAUCCCGGAUGCAGUAAUUGACUACGUUUAUAAACAUAAUCUUUAUGGAAGUGGUGUACAAAAUAUAAAGGAACUCUAACGCGCCCUGCAUGCCUUCUGUAGCUGAUUUUAUCCUGUUCCUAGGCAAAUGUUCGCGUCCAAUGGGUCUAUCCACAGAAAAAGAUGUCCAUAAUACUGAUAUAAACAGUAAUUGUAUACCAAUACGUCCAAUUUAAAUAUCAUCUUUUUCAAAUAUAAAUGGACUAUGCAAAAAAAUUCAAUUGCGCUUAGUUAUUCUUUAAAUUUUGUUGUAAUGUUGUUAAAUCAAGUCCAUUUAUUUGGAAAAAAUGCUAUCGAACAUUUGACUAUAAUAUUUGCUGAUAAUUUCGAGUAAUGUAAGCUGUUAUAG